AUAAAAGAAAACGAAAAUUUGAUUCGACACUGCAGUCUGCAGCCCGUAACCAUACGAAGACGUUGACGCUCAAGAUGGGCUUACUGGGUCUCGUUGGAUUUGCGCUCCAGUGCUUUGAUGUUGUUGCAUGGCCUCUCUUUGCUCUGGUCUAUCCUCUCUAUUCUUCCAUUAGAGCAAUCGAGACAAAUUCCAUUACAGAUACUCACAAGAUAAAUACGUAUUGGGUCGUCUUCUCAUUGAUCUUGCUAUUUGAACAUGCUUUUAUGAAGCUCCUUGAAUGGUUCCUGCUCUGGCCAUACAUUAGGCUACUGAUUGUCUUCUUUUUGGUGAUGCCACAUUUUGAUGGUGCCUUAUAUGUCUAUAAACACCUUAUCUGUCCAUGCCUCUCCAUGGAUCCCCAAAUUGUUAUCAACUUGUUCAACAAGCGGAAGGAGUCCUUUGUGAGAGAUAACUUUCUCUCUGAGGUGGAGAGAUAUGUAAAGGAGAAUGGACCUGAAGGUUUGGAAAGAUUUAUUGCUUGCAAGUCAACGAGGACAAAUCUCGAUGUAAAAGAGUUCAAUGCCGUUUCAUCCAUGGAUACUGAAGCGUCAAAAUCCAUAAAGCCAAAUGGUGGACAGAAUGAUAUCAAAGCUGUGCAGGUAAUGGCAAAAAAGAAGCGAACAACUGCUAGUCAAGUUAGUCAGGCAAAGCCUAAUCUCACUGUGAAUGAAGAUAAAUUUUCUUCUACGAAGAUGAAUGAAAAAGCCAUAGAGGGUGCAGCUGAUGGAGAAAUUCUGAAGACACCACCUCCAAAGAAAUUCCAGAAGGAGUGGACGACCACUCAAACUGAUGCAACUUUGAGUUCCCCUCUUGGUGAUAAUAAAGACAAGGCUACAUACGAGGCACUGAAGAUAAAGAAUGAGGCAGAUCCUAAGCUCACUUGGCCUGGAAACCGUGCAGCUAUGGAAAUAUAUGAAAAGCCAGUUGAGGUUGGAACAGGUAUAGAAGAUCCAGUGACUCCUAAAGAAGUCCAGAAAGAGUGGACUUGUGCUCUCUGUCAAGUAACCACUACAUGUGAAAGCAAUUUGAAUUCCCACCUGCAAGGGCGAAAACACAAGGCAGCAUAUGAGGCUGUGAAAGCAAGGAACCAGGAAUUUUUGCCCAAGAUUGCCCCAGCUUCAACUGCAAAAACAUCCAAUCAACCGAAUGAGGUGCCAGGAAAGAGUUCCCCGAGCAGUGGAUCAAAACAAAAGGUUACUAUCAAUGAAAAUUCGAAAUCCAUAGAGGCAAAUGGUGGACAGAAUGAUAUCAAAGCUAUGCAGGUAACGGCAAAAAAGAAGGAAACAACUUCUAGCCAAGUUUGUCAGGCCGAGCCUAAUCUCACUGUGAAUGAAGAUAAAUUUUCUUCUAUGAAGAUGAAUGAAAAAGCCAUUUUGGGUGCAGCACUUAGAGAUAUUCUGAAGACACCACCUCCAAAGAAAGUCCAGAAGGAGUGGACCACCACUCAAACUGAUGCAACUUUGAGUUCCCCUCUCGGUGAUAAUAAAGGCAAGGCUACAUAUGAGGCACUGAAGAUAAAGAAUGAGGCAGAUCCUAAGCUCACUUGGCCUGAAAACCGUGCUGCUGCAGCUAUGGAAAUAUAUGAAAAGCCAGUUGAGGAUGGAACAGGUAUAGAAGAUCCAGAGACUCCUAAAGAAGUCCAGAAAGAGUGGACUUGUGCUCUCUGUCAAGUAACCACUACAUGUGAAAGCAAUUUGAAUUACCACCUGCAAGGGCGAAAACAUAAGGCAGCAUAUGAGGCUUUGAAAGUAAGGAACCAGGAAUUUUUGCCCAAGAUUGCCCCAGCUUCAACUGCAAAAACAUCCAAUCAACCGAAUGAGGUGCCAGGAAAGAGUUCCCUGAGCUGUGGAUCAAAACAAAAGGUUACUAUCAAUGAAAAUUCAACGAGGAUAAAUCUGAAUGUACAAGAGUUAAAUGCAGUUUCAUUCGUGGAUAAUGAAGCGUUGAAAUCCAUUGAGGCAAAUGGUGGACAGAAUGAUAUCAAAGCUGUGCAGAUAACGGCAAAAAAGAAGGAAACAACUUCUAGCCAAGUUUGUCAGGCCGAGCCUAAUCUCACUUUGAAUGAAGAUAAAUUUUAUUCUACCAAGAUGAAUGAAAAAGCCAUAGAGGGUGCAGCCGAUAGAGAAAUUCUGAAGACAUCACCUCCAAAGAAAGUCCAGAAGGAGUGGACCACCACUCAAACUGAUGCAACUUUGAUUCCCCCUCUCGGUGAUAAUAAAGACAAGGCUACAUACGAGGCACAGAAGAUAAAGAAUGAGGCAGAUCCUAAGCUCAGUUGGCCUGAAAACCGUGCUGCUGCAGCUAUGGAAAUAUAUGAAAAGCCAGUUGAGGUUGGAACAGGUAUAGAAGAUUCAGAGACUCUUAAAGAAGUCCAGAAAGAGUGGACUUGUGCUCUCUGUCAAGUAACCACUACGUGUGAAAGCAAUUUGAAUUCCCACCUGCAAGGGCGAAAACACAAGGCAGCAUAUGAGGCAGUGAAAGCAAGCAACCAGGAAUUUUUGCCCAAGAUUGCCCCAGCUUCAACUGCAAAAACAUCCAAUCAACCAAAUGAGGUGCCAGGAAAGAGUUCCCCGAGCAGUGGAUCAAAACAAAAGGUUACUAUCAAUGAAAAUUCAACGAGGAUAAAUCUCAAUGUAAAAGAGUUAAAUGCAGUUUCAUUCAUGGAUAAUGAAGCGUCGAAAUCCAUAGAGGCAAAUGGUGGACAGAAUGAUAUCAAAGCUGUGCAGGUAACGGCAAAAAAGAAGGAAACAACUUCUAGCCAGGUUUGUCAGGUCGAGCCUAAUCUCACUGUGAAUGAAGAUAAAUUUUCUUCUAUGAAGAUGAAUGAAAAAGCCAUAGAGGGUGCAGCUGAUGGAGAAAUUCUGAAGACACCACCUCCAAAGAAAGUCCAGAAGGAGUGGACCACAGUCAGUCCGCUACAAACUCAAACUGAUGCAACUUUGAGUUCCCCUCCUGGUGAUAAUAAAGACAAGGCUACAUACGAGGCGCUGAAGAUAAAGAAUGAGGCAGGGGCUAAGCUCACUUGGACUGAAAACCGUGCUGUUGUAGCCAUGGAAAUAUAUGAAAAGCCGGUUGAGGUUGGAACAGGUAUAGAAGAUCGAAAGACUCCUGAAGAAGUCCAGAAAGAGUGGACUUGUACUCUGUGUCAAGUAACCACUACAUGUGAAAACAAUUUGAAUUCCCACCUGCAAGGGCAAAAACAUAAGGCAGCAUAUGAGGCAGUGAAAGCAAGGAACCAGGAAUUUUUGCCCAAGAUUGCCCCAGCUUCAACUGCAAAAACAUCCAAUCAACCGAAUGCGGUGCCAGGAAAGAGUUCCCCGAGCAGUGGAUCAGAACAAAAGGUUACUAUCAUUGAAAAUUCGAAAUCCAUUGAGGCAAAUGGUGGACAGAAUGAUAUCAAAGCUAUGCAGGUAACGGCAAAAAAGAAGGAAGCAAUUUCUAGCCAGGUUUGUCAGGCCGAGCCUAAUCUCGCUGUGAACGAAGAUAAAUUUUCUUCUACGAAGAUGAAUGAAAAAGCCAUUGGGGGUGCAGCCUAUAGAGAAAUUCUGAAGACACCACCUCCAAAGAAAGUCCAGAAGGAGUGGACCACAGUCAGUCCGCUACAAACUCAAAUUGAUGCAACUUUGAGUUCCCCUCCUGGUGAUAAUAAAGACAAGGCUACAUACAAGGCACUGAAGAUAAAGAAUGAGGCAGAGGCUAAGCUCACUUGGACUGAAAACCGUGCUGUUGCAGCCAUGGAAAUAUAUGAAAAGCCAGUUGAGGUUGGAACAGGUAUCGAACAUCCAAAGACUCCUAAAGAAGUCCAGAAAGAGUGGACUUGUACUCUCUGUCAAGUAACCACUACAUGUGAAAACAAUUUGAAGUCCCACCUGCAAGGGCGAAAACACAAGGCAGCAUAUGAGGCAGUGAAAGCAAGCAACCAGGAAUUUUUGCCCAAAAUUGCCCCAGCUUCAACUGCAAAAACAUCCAAUCCACCAAAUCAGGUGCCAGGAAAGAGUUCCCCGAGCAGUGGAUCAAAACAAAAGGUUACUAUAAAUGAAAAUUCGAAAUCCAUAGAGGCAAAUGGUGGACGGAAUGAUAUCAAAGCUGUGCAGGUAACGGCCAAAAGGAAGGAAACAACUGCUAGCCAAGUUAGUCAGGCAGAGCCUAAUCUCACUGUGAAUGAAGAUAAAUUUUCUUCUAGGAAGAUGAAUGAAAAAGUCAUCGAAGUUGCAGCCGACAGAGAAAUUCUGAAGACUUCACCUCCAAAGAAAGUCCAGAAAGAGUGGACCUCAGUCAAUCCGCUGCAAACUCAAACUGAUGCAACGUUGACUUCCCUUCUCGGUGAUAAUAAACAUGAGGGUACAUACGAGGCACUGAAGAUAAAGAAUGAGGCAGAGCUCACUGGGCCUGAAAACCGUACUGUUGCAGCCAUGGAAAUAAAUGAAAAGCUGGUUGAGGUUGGAACAGGUAUAGAAGAUCCAGAGUCUCCUAAAGAAGUCCAGAAAGAGUGGACUUGUGCUCUCUGUCAGGUAACUACUACAUGUGAAAGAAAUUUGAAUUCCCACCUGCGAGGGAGAAAACACAAGGCAGCAUAUGAGGCACUGAAAGGGAACCAGGCAUUUGUGCCCAAUAUUGCCCCAGCUUCAACCGCAAAAACAUCCAAUCAACCAAAUAAGGAGCCAGGAAAGAGUAUUCCGAAGAAAAUGGAAAUGAAAAUGAAAAUGAAAAUGUGCAAGGCCAGAAAAAUAGUAGUCCAGCUCCAAUCACACAGAAGCAAUCCAGCAAUGGCCAGAAAGGGAUCAAAACAAAAAGUUACUUUAAAUGAAAAUGUGCAAGGCCAGAAAAAUAGUAGUCCAGCUCCAAUCACAAAGAAGCAAUCCAGCAAUGGCCAGAAAGGGAAAAUUGCUAUACAGGUCGAGAAGGUACAAAGUCAACAACCGAAGCCAAAUGAAGUUCCAAGGGUGAAGAGUUCUCCUUUGUGGUGCGCAAUUUGUAGAAUACGCUGUGCUGGUGAGAUUGACAUGCUGUCUCAUCUCAACGGAAGAAAACACAAGGAAAAUGUGCAAGAACGAAAAAAGAGAACCUAAUCAAGCUUGCAAGGAUGAAUAAGCCCAGGGGCCCUUUGUGAUACCACAACUGGUGAAUUUAACACUCUGGUGAGUUCAUGGUAUCUCAUCUUAAGUGAAGGAAUUGCUGUCAUAGUUUAUCACCAGAAAUGGUGGUUGUGCUGAGAAACGCUCAAAAAAGAAAAUAGUAUAGUCUGUAAUUCUGAUUUAUUUUUCUUUGCUAAGCAACUGAAGACAUUUCAUGAUCAGUUUAAAUCAUGUUCUAUGAUCAA